AUGUCAGGAACUGCUGGAUUACUACGAAAUGGUUCAAAAAUAAAUGGCACAGCUUGGAACAAAAUCAACCCCGAGGGUAACGACGUGUCUGGGGAAGACGCGUCCAAGACGUCUGCAAUCAGGCAACUAUGGAAUGGUUUCGUGGAAAAUGCAACUCUUCAUGGUUUAUCUUAUGUGGUUACCGGUAAAUCGAGGAUUCGUCGCAUUCUCUGGGCUGUGUUUCUUUUGACGGCAAUUGCGUUUUUUUCAUAUCAGUCCAUCAGCAUGUUAAAGAAGUAUUUCAGCUUCCCAAGCACCACAAAAGUCAGUUUGAAAUACGAUUCGAUGCCGGAUUUCCCAGCCGUGACUAUUUGCAACUUCAACAAGUACAGAAGUUCUGUUGUUAAACAUUUGACUUCGUUAGGACUGGGUGGAGCUACAUAUGAAAAUGUAGACUUCAGCACACUAACCAACUUAACACAAUUUUUAUUCGAUGCGGGACAUCAAAUCAAUGAUACUAUGCAUUCUUGUCGGUGGAACGGUAAACAGACCUGCGAUUACAGGAAUUUCACUCCAGUUUUGACCUCUAUGGGGCUUUGCCACACAUUUAAUUCAGGGAAAGAUGGUCAAAGUGUUUUGAAGGUCAAUGAGGCAGGAGCAGACUCUGGACUUUCUUUGAUACUAAACGUACAACAAUAUGAAUAUUUUGGAAUUCAAGCAAUCAGCGCCGGCCUCAAGAUACGUGUUCAUCGUCAGAAUACUCUGCCUAUAGUUGGUCGGCUUGGAUUUUCUGUUGGUCCUGGCACAAGUGUAUUUGCAGGGAUACGAAAAAAGAGGGUUAUAAAUCUCCCAAAACCGUACGAAAGCAACUGCUACGAUGGAAAGAUGGAUGCCAUAACUGAUCACACGACGUACACAAUUUCAUCAUGUUUGUCGCUCUGUGAGGCCAGGUCUUUGAUAAAAGAAUGCGGUUGUAGAAACAUGGAAAUGUCCGGACUGAACGGCACCAAACCCUGCAAAACCAAAAAAGAGUUGACUUGCCUUCUUAAAGCUCAAGCUAACUUUCAAACCUUAAAGAAAAAUCAGUGUGAUUGUCCAGUGCCCUGUGGUGCGAUUUCCUAUGAACCCUACUUGUCAUACGCUGCGUUCCCUAGCGAAGGAUAUUUGUCGCGGUUUUUCAAAGCAGGGGAGAAUAACACUUACUGGACAUCUGAAAGAAUCAAACAAACACAAGAAUGGUUAAGGCAGAAUUUUCUAGAGCUGCGUGUUUAUUUCCAGGAUUUGAAUUACCAGGUUAUUGAGGAAACACCGGCCUAUGAAUUGGAAAGUUUGUUAGGCGAAAUCGGCGGUCAAGUUGGUCUUUGUGUCGGUGCCAGUCUCCUGACCGUGCUUGAGUUCUGUGACGUCAUACUUGGUAUCGUAAGGAUACAAAUGGGGUUGAGAUGA